UGUGCACUCCUUUGGUCGGCUCUUCGGUCGGGCACAAACACAUGAGACAGCCGCCAUGCAGGCGCUUCACCGACUACUGCGAGCAUCGGGGCGAGUGGCCGUCUCGCAGCGACAUGUGCUCGGUGCUGUCGGUGGUGCCGGGCUUUGCGUUUCAACAGUAGCCAUCCACAGGCAAAUGGCGGCGGGGGCGAUCCCGUCUUGCUCCGCGAUGACUGCGUCAACCACAGCAGCAACCGCAGGGGCAGACGGCAACAUCAGGCACUUGGAGGGGGAGGACAUUACGGUGUAUCAGUACAAGAUAUGCCCGUUCUGCAACAAGCUCAAGGUGGUGAUGGACUUUCUGGGCAUCCCGUACUCUGUCACGGAGGUGAACCCGCUGACGAAAAAGGAGAUCAAGUUCUCGGAAGACUACCGGAAAGUCCCCAUCGUUCGCAUGGGCGGGGAGCUGUUCAAGGACUCGCCGGUCAUCAUUGAUGAGCUUAUCGCCCGCCUGCGGGAGUCAAAGGUGAUGUCGGACGAGGAGCAUGCUGUGUUCUGCUCAUCGGACGCCAAGAAGUGGGCGGAGUGGGCAGACAAGCAGCUUGCCGUGUUGCUGUUCCCGAACCUCACCCGAAAUUUCUCGGAAUCGUACCAGGCGUUUUCGUACGUAAACGAUGUCGACACGUUCAGCAUGAUGGACAAGGUAUCGAAUCAGGUGAUCGGGUCGGCCGCCAUGUGGGCGGCCCAAGGCAAGAUAAAAAAGAAGUACAACAUCGACGACGAGCGGGAAGCGCUCUUCUCGGCCAUCAAGGACUGGACGGACGCCCUGGGAGAGGUCGACGGGCCCUUCUUUGGAGGGGACAGACCGAACCUCGGCGACCUCUGCGUGUUCGGGUGUAUCCGGGCGAUCGAGGGCUUGGACACGCACAAGGACGUGCUCGCGAGGCAGGGCGUAGGGGCGUGGUACCAGAGCAUGGUUUCGACGCUCGAUUACGCUCCUUCAGCCUAGAAGUAUUCGAGUUUCCGUUUUCACGCUCUAAGGCGGGAGCGAGAGAGAGAGAGAGGGAGAGAGGGAGAGGGAGAGAGAAGGCCUUCUAAGUUUUGGUCCUCGGGUUCUUAUGAUCCCUCGUUAGGCCUCUCCCCUUGCCGUAGAUUUUUCGGAUGGUGUUUUUGUUUGCUUGCCUUUCGAAACGCUUGCGAAUUACAUCGUGGACGCCAAGGGCUCGGCUCACAGAGCAGGGCAUGCUCAAAAGGCAGGGCAUCUGGGCGUGUGGCAUAUCAACCAUGGUACCGACGCUUCAAUUCGCCUGAAGACCCUAGAGAUGUACUAAGUCCUGCAGUGGGUCAGGAGGGAAUGAUAGUGUUGUUGCAUUUUUUUUUGUCGCUUUGAUUGGUUGUCUCCGUCGAAUGUUUGUCCGGCGGUCCUUCGACGCAUCCCGUCGAAUUUGAUUCUUCGCCGUGCGAAAAGCAUGUGUGGGCACAAAGAGUAGGAGUUUGUAUUGGCGAUGGAGGCCUGCCACACGGACGAAAAGCGUGGUCGCGAGGGAAGGCGUCGGAGCACGUGCUAUGGCGUUCUCGCGCUAGAAUGUGGUAUGGGAACCGGUGUUGUUACUGCUACAUUUUUAACGGUACCAAACGUGUGGACUCAAGGCUUGAGUACGCACCUGCAGGCUAACGAGUGUUCGGCGCGUGAAGCUUGUCUCGUUCUUGCUUCUGGUUGGCUGCUUGGUUUGAUUGACGGCGUGUGGGAACAAUGGGAAACAUUGACGUUUUGGUUCUGGUUUGCUCGACCGCUUGGUGAGAGCUGCGCCCCGCUUUCUCUUCUCUCUAAGUUGGCACUGUCUUUGACGUUUUACUUGCCAGCUCCAGGUGUGGCGUCAUGUGUUGAGAUUCUCGUAUGAUAUCGACACAUAGGCUGGCACAGCAGUAAACAGCCGAUUGUGCUCUUGGGGAAACAUUUCCAAUGCAUGUCCAUCGCAGAACUUGGAAUAGUUCUGCAAGUGGUUCAAUUUGAUGGGGUGGGGGUUGGGGAUCAUGGUUCAGUGCCCUGUUUUAUGUUUGCCCGUAUUUUCAACAAGGCCACGGCUGGAGUGUUGCUGUACCCCGACACUCAUCACCUUGUUCGUUUGUGUGCCGCCGGGCAUACGGGGGAGAGUGGGAGAGAGGGGGCGGAGUUUUCUUCGACGCUGCUCUACAGCCUAUGUUCAUGCCCGGAAGGACCGUUUCCAUCCUCAUUCAUGGUUUGGUGUGUUGCUUGUGGCCUGCAGGAUGUCGCCAGAGACACAGCAACUGACAACGAAGCGCACAGACCACUCAUGGACGACUUGAACGGACGUUGCGGCUUGACCGGACGUUGCCU